UCGUUCGUCUUCUUUUUCGUUGUUCUUUUUUCUCUUUCUCAUUCCGCUCUCUCCCCCAAACCCUAUCAGCAGCAUCGUUUCCAAAUCUCUCUCUCUGUCUCUCUCGCAUGGGAGGAUUUCUCUUCAUCUCCUCCUGAAACAUCUCAUUGUUUUAUCUAUUUCCUUUUUUAAAAUUUACAAAGAAAAAAAACAAUGGGAUCUACUAAGGAGGCGACGAGGGUUUUGAACGUGUAUCGCCAAAUCCUAAAAGCUGUGGACAAGCACAUAGGGAAAGAUGGUGGGAAAGGCCAUUUUCGCGAGUACGUGAUCGAUGAGUUCCGGAAGAACAAAGCGCUCUCCGAUGAAGCUGCGGUCCGUGACAAGCUGAAGCUCGCGCACGACUAUGCUUUCCUCCUCAACAGCGUCCAUCAUCACAAGGAAUUGCUAUUCUCAUAUAACAUAGCCGUGGAUCGGUCGGACGAGGUGAAGAAGAUAUUGGACAAAUCUGCCGCCAGUGUGGGCCUCCGGCUUCCGGACGUUUACCAACCGUGAAGGUUUGGCAAUGUGUCUGAAGUUAGCAGGUGAAAUUUUUGGAAUUUUGUCAUGAAUAACUCAAUAGUAGCUCGCAAAAAGUCCAAUGCUGAUGAAGAUUGUAAUUUUCUCUUUUGUUCGUAAUGUAGUGUUCUAUCUGCAAACUAUCACGUGAUGCAUUUGUGUAUAAAAACUACAAAGCAGUGCUAGCUUUUGGCUGAUUUUAUCAAUAGAAAUAGCAUAUAAUUUAAUUUCUUUUUGUUUCAAA